GAUAGGAACAAAACGUCUCUGUAAGCUUAUUUGCCGCCAGUCAGGCUUUAGGACCAAGUGCAUAGAUAAAGUGGCAGGGAGAGAGAGAGAGAGCAGAAGGGCGGAUCAGGGACAGCUUUUCGGUUCAAGGAUAGAUCCUCAGCAUCAGCAACGCCAUGAGUAACACCGAAAGGGAGCAGAGGUGCCCUUUUAUCUGAGGAGUAGGUCUUCAAGCUACCGAAACCGAGUCCGUGAACCUUAUUAAGGAGCCAUGGGAUAUUGCGGGAGGCAUCCGUUUAUCAAUCUUCUACUGUGCAUCCCAAUAGCCACCAGUUCCAGUUUUGCAUUGUUGGACAUACUGCUGAAUGAGACCGUCCAAGGCCAACUAUUACCUCAACAAUGGAACCCAAGGGAAGUGUCAUACACAGCUUCCUGCGAUUUGGAAUCACCGUGUUCAUGGACUUUGUCCAACUACAGCAGUGGAGGGGACUGGCGAAUCACAAAGGCACAACGGCGCACAUCUGACACGCAGAGGGCUGAGCCGCCUGCUGAUCACUCAGUCGGAGAUGCAAAUGGGCACCUCCUUCUGCUGACGGCCACUGCAGCAGAGUCAGCAGGACAUUGCCAGUUCUUCAUAGCCAGUCCAGUGCUGCACAGCAGUGGGCCGCACUGUCAGCUGCAGCUCGCCCGGUACCAGACUGUGGGCAUUUUGGGGAACCUGACGGUCCAGGUCAAACCGAUGGACUCUGAUGUAGCCAAAAGCUCAACAUUUCUUGGCCACCAAGGGCAACACAGUACCAGAGAACAGUGGGAGGUGCUUAAAGCCCAUAUUGGCCUACAGGAAAAGCCCUUUCAAGUGAUAUUGCUGUACUCUACUUGUGGUGUGGAGAACUGGAGUUCACUUGCCAUCGAUUCAUUAGAGCUGAAAGACUGUGAUGCAGGGAACUUAAUGGUUGAUUGCAUGGAGGACAUGUCUUUCCACUGCAAAUUUGGGGACUGCAUAGACAAAAGCAAAGUGUGUGACUUCCACAAUGACUGUCCCUUGGCUGAAGAUGAGGGUCCUGUGUGUGACACUCUACCCCUGGGGUCUCAUUGCUCCUUUGAGGCUGGUUUCUGUGGAUGGACCAUGUCCAGCGGACCCACAUCGUGGACUCUGAGCAGUGGAGAAAAGCUGGCUGCUGAAGAUCUGUUGGGAACCGCUCUUCAGAAAACAAAAGAUCACUUCCUGUUCUUGAGGGUGAGGAGCAACUUUGCAGGUGGCAAGGCAGUUGUUCACGGUCCCCUGCUCCCAUCGAUGAUCAGCAGCGCGGAAUGCCUGAUGCACCUUUCCCUCUACAUCUAUGGGGACGUCAUCUGCACAGUGUUGCUGUCAGUGGAGGGAAACGGUACUGCAGUAGUACCACUUUGGGAACGGUCUGGCCAUUGGAUGGAUAGCUGGAUGAGCAUUAUGCUGAAACUACCCAAUGUCCAAAACAGAUUCCAGCUUCAUGUUGAGACCCACUGGGGCCCAGGCUCUGUAGCUGACAUUGCUUUGGACAACAUCACCUUGGGUAUCUCCUGCUUUGAAAGUGGUUUUGACCCAGUGUUUCUCAGUCACAGUGUUCUGCAUAAGAUGGAUGGCUUUGGCGACCUGGACAUUCUCAGCCCUUAUAAAGAUCCUGAUGCUUCAGAGGUAACCUUAACGACCUGGUGGUUUACCUCUUGUGGAGCCAGUGGACCCCGAGGCCCCACCCAGGCACAGUGUGAUAGCGCUUACCGGAACACCAACGUCAGCGUUAUCGUGGGCACCGAGGGCCCACUCAAGGGGGUGCAGAUGUGGAGGGUGCCCUCUACCAACCGCUACCUGAUCUCGGCUUAUGGGGCAGCGGGAGGAAAGGGGGCCAGGAACCACAACAGUCGAUCCCACGGCGUUUUCAUCUCAGCUGCUUUCACCCUAAAUAUGGGGGACAUCCUGUACGUUCUGGUGGGGCAACAGGGAGAAGAUGCCUGUCCUGGGAGGAAACAUCUCUCACAGAAGAUCUGCUUGGGCGAGUCCACCAUGAUUGAGGAUGGGGUCAGAGACGGAAAGAUAGCAGGAGAAUGGGCUGGUGGUGGAGGGGGAGGAGGAGGGGCCACCUUCAUCUACUGGGCUGAGAAUGGGGUCAUAGUGCCCCUUCUCAUUGCGGCAGGCGGGGGAGGGAAUGCCUACCUGGAAGACCCUGAGAGCAGCCUGGACCACAUCAACCUGGAGCAGUACGACAACCACACAGUCGCAUCUGGGACCAACGGCAAAACCGGCGCUGCAGGGGGUGGUGGAGGAUGGAUGGGUGCCUCAAACUUUGCCAGGGCUGGAAAAUCUCUUCUUGAGGGGGCAGAGGGGGGUACUUCUUGCCCCAGUGCCUUGUCCAGCCUAGCCUGGGCCACCUCUGGAGGAUUUGGAGGAGGAGGAGGUGCCUGCAGUGCCGGAGGAGGAGGAGGUGGAUACAGAGGUGGGGAUACAUCCCUCACUGAUAACAUCACUGCAGAUGGCCAGGAAGGAGUCUCCUAUAUACAUCCCAGUGGGGAGAUCUUUCUCCUCCCGUUAGCAGCCAUGGAGAGCCACGGCGAGGUGGAGAUCAAGGUACAGCUGAACUGCACGCACUGUCAGUCCCAGAGCUGCCACAGGAAUGAGGACACCAAGGUCACAAUCUGCCUCUGCCCACAUGGGGAGGUGCUGGCCAAUGACAACGUCACCUGCGUGGUCCCCCCAGGCCUCGCUCUCGAAGGACAUCCAUCUCUGCCGCUCGUCUUGGCUGCGGUGGUCUCCACAGCGGUGACUGUCAUCAUCUUAACCUGUGCCAGCCUCACACUCAUCUAUUACCGAAAGAAGAACCGGCUUCAAGGAAUGAGAGUGCGUCUGCAGAGUCCAGAAUACAAGCUGAGCAAGAUCCGCACCUCCACCAUCAUGACAGACUACAAUCCCAACUACUGCUUCGCUGGCAAGGUGGCCUCCCUGGGUGAGCUGAAGGAGGUGCCUCGCAAAAACAUCACGCUGCUCAGGGCCCUGGGCCACGGUGCCUUUGGUGAGGUGUACGAAGGCCAGCUGCUGGGACUUGGCGGUGACAAUAUAGCCAUGCAAGUUGCCAUUAAGACUCUUCCUGAGGUUUGCUCAGAGCAGGAUGAAAUGGACUUCUUGAUGGAGGCGCUGAUUAUGAGUAAGUUCAGCCACCAGAACAUCGUUAGCUGCAUUGGUGUGAGUCUGCAGACCCUGCCACGCUUCAUCCUGCUGGAGCUCAUGACCGGUGGUGACAUGAAGAGCUUCCUCAGGCAGAACCGGCCCAAGACUGGCAAGGUCUCCUCCCUGUCCAUGCUGGAGCUGCUGCACAUGGCCAGGGACAUUGCCUUUGGCUGUCACUAUCUGGAAGAGAACCACUUCAUCCACAGAGACAUUGCUGCCAGAAACUGCCUCCUUACCUGCUCUGGCCCCAGGAGGGUGGCCAAGAUCGGAGACUUUGGCAUGGCGCGGGAUAUAUACAGGGCCAGCUAUUACCGGAAGGGUGGCCAUGCCAUGUUACCUGUGAAAUGGAUGCCGCCAGAGGCCUUUUUGGAAGGGAUCUUCACCUGCAAGACUGAUACAUGGUCAUUUGGGGUACUGUUGUGGGAGAUUUUUUCUUUAGGUUACAUGCCCUACCCUUGCAAGACCAACCAGGAAGUGCUGGAGUUUGUGACAAGUGGAGGCAGGAUGGACCCCCCAAAAAACUGCCCUGGGCCUGUAUACCGAAUUAUGACCCAGUGCUGGCAGCACUGUCCAGAGCACAGGCCCAACUUCAGUACCAUUCUGGAGAGGGUGAACUACUGUACUCAGGACCCUGACGUCAUCAAUGCAUCCCUUCCGGUAGAGUAUGGGCCCCUAGCAGAGAAGGAGGUCAAUACUGUCCCCCAGACAGAGGGAUCUGCAGCCUUGACUCCUCUGUUGACCCCAGAGCCCUCCCUGCCCUGGACCAUCCCUCCACUCCCUCAAGACCGCAGACCUGUGUCUCUGCAGCAAGCUCUGCCAUGGCAGCCUGAGGCACACUCACAAGCGGGGGCAUCGGAGGUGACCUGGGUGGAGCCUGUUCUUUCCCUAGGGGCCGGAUCUGGAGCUUGGCUUCACCCAGACCAGCACUUGCCUGUCACGGCUUCUUCCUCUGGUGGCCAGAAGUUUAAGAACAAGACCAAGAACCUCUGGAACCCUACCUACGGUUCCUGGGGGCUGGAUGGCUUUGGACGGGGAAAAACAGCUCUGUCACAGACUCAGUCCAUGCCUCUGUCUGGCACCCCGAGCAGCCCAUCAGCGACCCCCGCCCCUGAACGGGAUGACUCUGGAUUUGAUGGCAAUGGAAGCUCAUCCCCGACCAGUUCUCAGGCUUCCCCCUCCUCAUCCUCCCCUUCAUCACUGCCUCCUUCCAGCCUCAAUGCUGCCACCAGCUCAGCUGCCACCACUAGUCCAAUCAAGAACAACUCCACUGUUGGCACGGAGCUGGCCAAGUUACAGAGUUUUCCAUGUGGCACUGUAAACUAUGCCUACGAGGACCAGAACUAUGAGGCUAACAACCUCCCCCUAGUGGUCACCAGAGUCCCAGUAGCCAGUUCAAACCCUGGUCCAUCCAUAUCCUGGUCAGGUAUCUCCGCAUCAAGGAUCUCCAAGCCUCAUGUGAAGCGCCACGCCAGUUAUGGACAUGAAGACAUCAAGCGGUACACCAAGUCGGAGAAGCCUACUCGCGAUAGGGACUCUGGCCUCUCCCUCUCUGAGGACCUUACCGUCAUUCCAGUUUAACGCCACAGAAUGACACUGAAUAUACUGGGAUACACUGGAAUCCAUCCAACACCUCACGCUGCAAUGGGUCCCGGCCGCUUUAUUUAUCAGCCAUCGCUUACUUUUUUCUGCCAUUUUUGUAGAACUAUUGUCAUGCCAUUCAUUGUCCAUCCAUUUACCAUGAUCAGGACCACAGGGAGGGCCUGGAACCUAUCCCAGGCAGCUUAGGCAGCAAGGCUGGGGUACAGCCUGGAUGGGAUGCUCGUCAAUCACGGGGCACGUGUCAGCACACACUCACUCACGGUCAUACGCUACAGGCAAUUUAGAGAUACUUAUGAGCCUAACUGCAUCUCUUUGCACUAUGGGAGGCAACUUCUGAUGGUUGGUCAAGUAGAAUGCAGGUUGUCUGGCCAUGAUCGAGGCAGUGAAGGACUCAUGUCUUACUAGCUUGUGGGAGUUUUACAUACAGAAAAAUGUUAUGAGGGCAGAAGAAAAAAUAGAA